CUGAAGUGCACUAGAUCUGGUGAGAGUACAGUAGUAGUACCAUUUCUUCACCGGACUAGGGAACUGCGGGAGAGACACGGGAAUACGCAUCUUCAUUAUUUUUCCUACCAUCAAUCCCGGGCAAUGACAUAUUCACACUGAAAGGAAAAGACUAGGACUAUAAUCUAAAAUGACGGUGGAUUUUGAAGAGUGUAUCAAGGAUUCACCCAGAUUCAGGGCGAACAUCGAUGAAGUGGAGACGGAGGUGGUGGAAAUCGAAGCUAAGCUAGACAAGUUGGUGAAGUUAUGCAGUGGGAUGAUCGAGGCUGGUAAGGCCUACAUCAGUGCCAACAAGCUGUUUGUCAGUGGGAUACGCGACCUGUCCCAGCAAUGCAAGAAGGAGGAGAUGAUUUCGGAGUGCCUGGAAAAGUGCGGAGAAAGCCUCCAGGAAAUAGUCAACUACCACAUGAUUCUGUUUGACCAAGCCCAGAGGUCCGUGAAGCAGCAGCUGCACAACUUUGUUAAAGAAGACGUGCGUAAGUUCAAGGAGACGAAGAAGCAGUUUGAUAAAGUGCGCGAGGACAUGGAGAUCGCCCAGGUGAAGAACGCCCAGGCGCCCCGGAACAAGCCCCACGAGGUGGAGGAGGCCACCGGCACCCUCAGCAUCACCCGCAAGUGCUUCCGACACCUGGCCCUGGACUACGUGCUGCAGAUCAAUGUGCUUCAGGCGAAGAAGAAGUUUGAGAUCUUAGACGCAAUGCUGUCCUUCAUGCAUGCGCAGUACACGCUGUUUCAGCAGGGCUAUAACCUGCUGGAGGAGAUCGAUCCCUACAUGAAGAAGCUGGCAGCAGAGCUGGACCAGUUGGUGAUAGACUCUGCUAUGGAGAAGAGGGACAUGGAACACAAGCACGCCACCAUUCAGCAGAGGACCCUCCUGCAGGACUUCUCCUACGACGAGACGAAGGCAGACUUCAAUGUGGACGCCCCCAACGGCGUGGUGAUGGAGGGGUACCUAUUCAAGAGAGCCAGCAACGCCUUCAAGACGUGGAACAGGCGGUGGUUCUCCAUACAGAACAGCCAGCUGGUGUAUCAGAAGAAGCUGAAGGACUCCCUGACGGUGGUGGUGGAGGACCUGCGGCUCUGCUCAGUCAAGCCCUGCGAAGACAUUGAGAGGAGGUUCUGCUUCGAGGUCGUGUCCCCCACCAAGAGCUGCAUGCUGCAGGCCGAGUCGGAGAAGCUGCGGCUGGCCUGGAUCCAGGCCGUGCAGGCCAGCAUCGCCUCCGCCUACAGAGAGAGCCCCAACUGCUACAGCAUCCAGCGUCUGGAUCGGACGGCUUCUCCGUCCACCAGCAGCAUCGACUCGGCCAGCGAGCCGCGGGAGCGGAGUGCGCGGGGGGAGAGCCACCUGCAGCGCAUCCAGAACAUUCCGGGAAACGAUCAGUGCUGCGACUGCGGCCAGGCCGACCCGCGCUGGGCCAGCAUCAACCUGGGCAUCCUGCUGUGCAUCGAGUGCUCCGGCAUACACAGGAGUUUGGGGGUUCACUGCUCCAAGGUGCGCUCUCUCACGCUGGACUCAUGGGAACCGGAGUUACUGAAGUUGAUGUGUGAGCUUGGAAACAGCAUCAUCAACCAUAUCUAUGAGGGAACCUGCGAGGAACUGGGUCUGAAGAAGCCGGGGCCCUCCAACUCAAGGCAGGAGAAGGAGGCGUGGAUCAAGGCAAAGUACGUGGAGAAGCGCUUCCUGAAGAAGAUGGGGCGGGGCGGCGAGGCGCUGGCCAACGGCGAGCGCAAGCCCGGCCGCUGGAGCGUCAAGAAGUGCCGGCGGCACAACAGCUCCGGCAGGGCGCCCAAAUCCCGCCGCAAGCACCGGCAGGAGCCCGGCAGCGCCUCCCCCGGCAACCUCUCCACGGCUGCUGCCCUGGAGAGGAAGUUCCGCCGGGAUUCGCUCUUCUGUCCCGACGAGCUGGACUCUCUCUUCUCCUACUUCGACACGGGCUCCGGGCCCCGCAGUCUGAGCAGCGACAGCGGACUCGGCGGGAGCACCGACGGCAGCACAGACAUCCUGGUGUUCGGUUCGGUGGUGGACAGCGUCACGGAGGAAGAGUGCGAGGUGUCGGAGGAGUCCAGCGAGGAGGCGGAGCUGGAGGCCGAGGCGUGGGAGCAGGACGAUGCGCGGGAGCUCCACCCGGGGGCGCUGCUGUACAAGGCGUCCCGGGCCAGGAACCUGCCCGUCAUGGCCGAGGCGCUGGCGCACGGGGCCGACGUCAACGCCGCCAGCCAGGAGGACGAGAGCAAGACCCCGCUCAUCCAGGCUGUGAUAGGGGGCUCUUUGAUAGCCUGUGAGUUCCUUCUUCAGAACGGCGCGGACGUCAACCAGAGAGACACGCGGGGGAGAGGGCCGCUGCACCACGCCACGUAUCUGGGGCACACGGGGCAGGUGUGUCUGUUCCUCAAGCGGGGCGCCACGCAGAACGACGGGGACGACGACGGACAGGACCCCCUGAGCAUCGCCGUGCAGGCCGCCAACGCCGACAUCGUCACCCUGUUGCGGCUGGCCCGGAUGAACGAGGAGAUGCGGGAGUCUGAAGGCCCGUUCGGACAGACAGGUCAAUACCCCAGUAGCAGCCCGACCGAGCAGCAGUAUAAGAAAUGCAUUCAGGAGUUCAUCUGCCUUACCAUAGAAGAGUGCUAACGGGGAGGGCCCUGUUCAAAGGGGGGAGGGGCUUUGUGGGUAUGGGGUGGGGUUGAGGGGAGGGACUGGCCCAUUCCCAUGAUGGCCAUUCUCCAGCAAAAUUUCCUGCAGGCUCCUCCCCCGUCCCCUCCCUUCCAUCUCUCCCAGAGUGCAUUGCGUUGCUUAGAGAUCGCUGUUAUUCUUUGCAGUAUUCAUCCUCCACUUUGUACAAUACAACCACUGAGCCAAUGAGCCAUGGUGCAUGGGCAUACUGCAGGUAGAACUGGGGGGCCAGAUGCUCCAAGGGGUGGGGCUUACUCCUGACCAAUCAGGUCAUGGCAUUGGCCUCCAUCUGGGCUGGGCAGGACAUAGACACAGGAGUGCAGGGAAACUCUUAGAUCCAUGUCUGUAGGGCGCUGUUUCAUCCCUCAUUCCCGUGUCUCAUAGACGUUCGUCUUUUUGAGGCACGUCUUUUCAUCGUGUACCUUGAAAAUUUGCAGCCGUCUAUGGUCAGACUGAGACACCAAUGAGUGACAGUUUGGAAAGGAAAUGCCAGGAGGCCAGUCGACCACAGGAACGUGCAUUUCCUGUCUGAGAUCUUUGGUAUCGCCUAGCGAAGGCUUCAGAAAAUGGCCUGGUGACAUAAAGUCAUGAAGGAAUCCCAUGUUUCUCUCCGUAUUUCUACCAAAGGGUCAGAGCUAGAAAGGGCAAGUCCCUGUUCAGGUGGAUUAAAAUAGCCCAGGUCUGAGAUAGACAGUUUCACCCCAAAGCCGCAUGCAAGAAGGACAUACAUCUUACCACACACUCCAGUCAUAUUUCUUAAAGGGACCAACUUUAUCAAACAACACCAUGCUCAGUCAGUCCAUAAUAUUUUGGAACUUCCUUACUUGAAUUAGCUUUUAUACAGAUACAAUUUCCACACCCAUGCCAGGUCACAUAAAUUUCAGAUGUUCUGAAAUAAAGGAUCACUCCAGUCCUGGAGGGCCACAGUGUCUGUUGGCUAUUGGCUUACUUUAAGUUAGUGAUUGGCCAAUGAGUCCAUGUGGUAGAACACUUGGAAUGUUGGUAGUGGGAUGGGUGUAUUCCCUUAGUCCGGUGUUUCCCAAAACUCUCCUCAGGUUCUCCCAGUGAGAUCCAGGUAUUUGAUGUGUUCCAUCUCAAGCGCAACUGACGCAACUGAUCAAGGGCUUGAUUAGUUGUAUCAGGUGUGCUUGUGGUGGAACACAUCAAAUAUCCCGGGUCCGGCCUGGUGUGCUCGAGGAGAGGAUUGGGAACCUCUGCCUUGGUGCCAAACCCCAAAAAACAUGAGGUCUCCGUGGGGUGAGAACAGAAGAAGCGCAAGCCCUGGUUCUUCUACGAGUCCCUGGCUCCUGCUGUCCGUGCCCAAAGAGCACACCCUUAGUGUGCUGAGAGGUUUCCGGAAGAACGCUGUGAAUUUGCUUUUCAGGCAUCUUCAGUCCUGUCGGAAAAAGACAUGAUGUUGGUGAGAUUUGAGUAGGCUUUAUCAUACACUGUGUCAGCCCACAAAAUCUCAGUACUUACAGGAGUCCGGUCUAACCUUGCUAGAGUGAAAUGGCACGAUAUAAUAUGUGCGUGUGUGUGUCUGUGUGCCUGCAUGUGUGUAUUUCAAAUGGGAGGGGACUCAUGAACAUAAUAGUUAAGAUAUGUGGGCCAACAUGACUGUGAAUCCAAGUUUCUCUCUCAAAAGAAAUGUGUACAUACACAAUGGAGAUUUGGAUAGUGCAGUUUAUUUAAAAUAAGGUACUAGGUUCUAGGACUUUACUAGAAGUACAGCAACAUUGUGCACUUUUUGUAUCUUUGAUAUUUUCUUGUACUUUACCGUUGUAAUUCUGUUGCUUUUGGGUAUUUGUAUCCAACACUCUCAGAAAUGUAGCUACAGUGGAGGUACAUUUUUGUCCUUUAAGGAAUAAAUUUUGUGAAUGUACCCUGAAAGUACAACACUGUUCUAUUUGGGUACUAGUAAAUACCUUUUAAAACAAAAAAGGUACAAAUGAAUUAUGUAUGGCUGGCUAGGGGUACAAUUUAAUGUGCCUGUUGGGUACCACCCCAGUGACAAGUGUUUGUACCUUUUUAGGCACUUUUUCCAACCGUUUUUUCUGAGAGUGAAUAGAACAACUUUGUCAUCAGAUUUUUAUUUAUAUUCAACUGCCCAGAGGACUAGUGCAAUGAUUAUUUCAAUACAGAUAAUCUGUAUUUCUUUAACUUUCUUAUUUUUAGCCUGUUUAAUUUUUAACAAGACAAAGCAGAUGGUAUUUUUUUAAACUUGAUAUAUUUUGUUAGGCUUUCAUUUUCUGAGCGCUCACACUCACAUACUUGUCAGUUCAUCAGCCUUGGAUCCCUAUUAAAAGCCUGUUUUUAGGGAAUAAGACCACACAUCUACAAUAAAACAGUACACUAGAUAGUUAUUUGGGUUUUUAUAAGCAGAAUUGUUUCAAGAGAAAAACUAUUGAUUUGAAUAUAUAUAGUAUAUAUACAUGUGGUAAGAUGUCUGUGUAUUUGUAGACGUAUGUUUGAAAUACUGAUUUGCAAACCGAUAUGUAAAAAUACUAUCAUAAUUGUUGUUAGUUAUAUGCUUUGUUGGAAUACUGCAUGGGGUGAUAUUGCCCUGACCCUUAACCUCUAGUUGAUUUGUUCUCCUGUAGUGGUUGUAGGUGAAUAUGUGAUACUCUGUACAGUCCUUGUUAUAAGAACCUUGUAAUGUGAUGCCAAAUCCUGAGUUUGAAAACUGUGCAAAUAAUGACGUAGCUAUAGUUCGCUGCUCAGCCAGAAAGUUGCUGGCCAUCCCGUCAGAGCGGUUGUACAUGAUACAGGUCUUCAGUCAAUGGGUCAAAUACACCAUCAGAAACAUUGCAUACAUACAGGCCAAGGUAAAAUGUCCGCUUGCGUGCUUCACUUCACCCGAGUUUAAAUUGACUGUUCUUUACCUUGUACUGUAUGUCCUUUGCUCUAAUUGCAUACGCAUUGCAAAGGUUUCAAUUCGCCCAGAUACAUCAUUAACCCUGACUGUGGAAUUUAACUGUUCUUUUCUCUGAUCUUGCUUACGCAACAUUACUACUUCAGCUGGCACCGAAAUGAACUAGAGCGUUGUGAAAUGAACGUAAGACCCGCUUAAAUUUGAUGCUCAUUCACAAGGACCGAGCGCAGUGAGGUUAGUCUGGAUGGACACUCUAAUGCUUGCGUACAAGUGAGCCCGGUCGACGACGAUGGCUCUAUUAUUCAUGCUUUCUGCAACUUGGGGAGCUGGCGUCGUGGCCUUUGAUGUCACUAAGCCUCAGGUUGAAUCUGCCGCCAAGCCCCAAAAUAUAAACUAUUAAUCUGUUAUGUAAAUUAACCUCUGCCGCGUGUAUAAUUGUAGAGUUAUCUAACUGUGGCCCAUGUGCACUGUAUUUAAUUAUGUGUUCUCAUUAUAGAUUCAAUUUAUGUAACCAGGAGAGGCUGAAAUUCAGUCUAAAUUCAAUGCACUUCAUCCUUUAUUUUCAGCGACGUGUUUAAGCAGUCUUACAUAACCCUGAAUUCAGCAAGCUGUGAAUUAAACCCAAUAUUUGAUGGCAGAACUCGAGGGGGGGAAUGUAACUGUUGCUUACGCUUUUUUCAAUCAAUAUUAAGGAAGAAACAAAUGAAUUUCAGCUUGAUUUAAUCUCAUUGAAACAGAGCCCAGUGUAUUUACUGGGCAGCUCGCUCCUUUUACGUUUUGAAGGCUUCUCGCUUUGAAAUGGCCGAUUUGCUUCAGAGCUUCGCUGCGGCUCAGUGAAGUUCCCUUUCUGCCGAGGACGGCCUGUCUUAAUGGUGGAACUGGUGUAUGGUGCAUGUAGAAACCCAAGCAGCACGAAUGAAUGGACUCUACUGUUUCGGUCUCGUAUGUUCUUCUCACCACGGUUCCACCGUUUAGAAAGGAGCUGUUGGGCACGAUUGUUGGGAAGUUGGCCAGUCUGUAGAUUAACUCGUUGGACUGAAAAUCCAUUGUGUUGCAGCUCCUCAGAAAUGUUGAUGAGGCACACAUAGAGGUGGGGGAGAGGACAGCAGCUUAUUGUUCCACGUAAUGACCAUUUCCUGUUCACCCUAUAUGUACCAGAAGCAAUGGAAGCAUUUUCAAUGGAAUUAAACCAAACAAAUUGAGGAAUAUUUAAGUGAAAAUACUUCUUUCCUCCCAAUAUGGCUGGGUAUGAAGUCGGUAAUAACUAAUUACUGAACAAAAUACCCCAUUAAAGGCAAGAUAGGGAAAAAGAGAAUUUGUGACCGAAAUAUUAUUUAUAAAAUCCCCUGUAGCCAUGACUAUAUUCAGGAUAAGCACGACCUUGAGUGCUGUAUUGCCAGCUGAAGUGGUAAGUGUUGUGUCUUUGGUGACUGUUUCAUGGUGGGUGUAGAAAGCGCUUCUGAGCGACUGUGCUGUAAAUACGCUGAAGCUUUUUAACUCCUCUGCUGCCUCCUUUCAAAACACGGCCGUGAGCCUUUCGUCUUUUCUCACCAGGAGCCGACCGUUCUCUCUGAACACUGGUGGAGAACGGCCUGUGUCUCUGAUAUCCCUGUACAACCCACACUCCUGCUGUCUAUCUGUUUUUGAAUGUCAUGUCUUUUUUUCUUUUCUGGUUGUCUUUCAAACCACUGGAAAAAAAAUCUAAAUAAAACUAUGUGAAUGAACUGUUAA